AUGCCUCUUCAAGCGUCCUGUCAGAGUAAUUCCUCCACUUCUCCUGAAUGUCACCUGGGGAAUCGAGUAACAACUGCGACGAGCGAAGCGUUGCCACUCAGUCAAAAUCAAAAUGCAGAACUAUUCCAACGUUCGCUGGCAGUUGUAUUAUCCGAACCAGCUCCGGUGCAUCUUCAUAACAAUCAUGGGCCAGCUUCGCACUACUGUGGAGUGCCAUCAGUCCAGAACGACGGAACCAGAGAAUCAACUACGAGGCCUACUACGGAGAAGACUGUUGAACAUUCAGCACAAGAGUCGUCGCUGGAGACACCUGAACGCUUUUGGUUUAGAUGUGCUGGUGCAUUCUUUGCACUCUUUACAGCCGGUUGGGCCGACGGAGUGACCGGGACCAUCCUUCCCCAUAUCAAGAAUGAUUUUGAGCUCAGUUAUAUCAUGUCUUCCCUACUUUUCGUGACAAGCACAUUCGGCUUCGCCCUCGGCGUCAUCAUGAUCGAGCAAGUCAUGUGUCUGUUGGGAAGCUUCCAGCUAAGCCGUAUCGGGCUUUCCAAGGCGAUAUGGUUCCGUUCUGCUCAGAGAAGACGUAAAAUAACACGAGCAAUGCCUUCCCAUUGUUUCAAGGGGAACGAUAGGGACGAUUGCCAAAGGCAUGCUCGAGCUCGAUUCCGGAUCUUGGUGAUCGGUAGCCUGUUCCAUGCGAGUUUCUUUGUGCUCAUGGGCACUGCCACUGGUUUGUCGAAUGUGCUCAUUGCCUACUUCAUCGCAUCUCUAGGGAAAGCCUUUUUAAACGGUACCGUGAAUGCGUACGUCGCAGCGAGUCCGAGACGUCCGCUUGGUCAGAUGUAUGCUUGCAAUUCUAUCGGUGCGUUUGCUGCCCCGUUCGUUUGCCAAACCCUGCUGGCAAGGGGCAUCCCGUGGUCGCACUUCUAUCUCGGGUCCCUAAUACUCUCCGCCAUGAACACGGGUCUCCUUGCUCUCUCAUUCCGACCUACACGGAACGAACGCACUCAGGAUAGCAAUUGCUCCUCCACUCUAGAUGGGGCAUAUAUCGAGACUCGGAUGCAAUCGAGUAGUUUCAACUCGGGUGCUACCGAGGAGGGAAGCCCGACAAGGGCCCGCUCCAACACGGCGAUGAGCGAAAAGUCGAUGGGCUCCAAACCUUGGCCUCUAUCCGCGUCCUUGACCGAACAAAGGGACCGAUCAGCUUUACGGUUGGCGCUGAGAUUGCGAUAUAUCUGGGCCUUUUCCUUUUUCAUGUGCAUUUAUAGCGGAAGUGAGACGGCUACUCAGGGCUACAUGGCCACUUAUCUUUUGGCAGUUAGGAAUGCGAACCCGAACACUGUGGGGUAUGUUACAAGUGGAUUCUGGGCCGGCAUGGCCAUCACUCGAUUUAUCACGGGUUUUGCCUCGCCAUACCUCAGCUUCACGCAGCGCAAACAUGCAAUUCAUAUUAUCCUAAUUUGCGCCCUAUCGAUGCACCUCUGCAUAUGGUUUAUUAACUCCGUGUUCGAGAAUGCGUUCUCGACCGGAAUUGUGGGCCUACUCUAUGGACCGGUCUACCCGAGCGUGCUUGCUCUCGCUGUUGACUUGUUACCGAAGGAGGCUCAUAUGAUCACUAUGGCCAUAAUCGCUGGCUUCUCUAAUCUCGGCAGCUCUAUAUUCCCAUUCAUUGCUGGCGCCAUGUCCAAUCUUCGUGGUCCUAAGGUCUUGGUGUACAUGACAGUUGCACAGACUGUCACAUUGAUCGUUCUCUGGAUGUUCUUCCCAGCUAAAAGCCCUCUUCAUCAUUAA